AUGUCUUCAGAAGAAAACCAGUAUAAUACUGAUGAUGCAGAUAAUGAGCAAGAACAAGGGCCAUCCAAGUCGAAAAAGGCAAAGUAUACAAACAAAUGGAAGAAACAAAAGUUUAACAAAGACUGGUUAACAAACCCUGCAUUAGCGGGCUGGUUGGAGGGAGAUGAGAAUGAUUCAUAUAAGUGUAAAUGUUCAGCCUGCAAUGUGUAUUUAGUCUGUGGAAAAACUGUAAUAAUUCGACAUUCUGAAACUAAAAAGCACAAGGAUAAAGUGUCUCUGAUCAGAAGCAACAACAAUGCCUUGAAAAAUUACUUCAAGCCCAAAGAAGUAAGAGAGCCAAGCAUACAAGUUAAAAACUUUGAAAUACGGCUCAGUGCUUUUUUUGCAGAACACAAUGUAGCAUUCCAAGUCAUUGAACAUUUAUUGCCUUUAUUAAAAGAGAUCUGCCCAGACUCUGAUAUUUUGAAAACUGUCAAUCUGGGCCGAACAAAAUGUACCAGUAUAGUGAAGAAUGUUAUUGCAGAAAAUGAAAAAUUGAAUUUGAUCAGUACUUUGAGGAUGAUAAAGUUCUCAGUCUUACUAGAUGAGAGUACUGACCUCAUUCUCAAUAAAACAAUGUGUGUAGUGGUAUACCUCAGUUUUCUACUACCAGUUCUGGAUGAAGUACAGAGAGUUAACAAGAACUUCGAAUCAGCCCAAGCAGAUCCCCUGAAACUUCAUGAAGAUCUGAUGAAUUUGGUUAAAUCAGUUGCAAAUACAGUUAUAAACAAUUUUCGUCAACGAAAUGUUGAAAUUUUAAAAUUGUCUGCUACUAAAAUUGACUCCAUGUUGGAUCCUGAUCCAUAUCUUGGAUUCAGUUUUAAGUCAGCCUGUAGAGAAAGUAACAUAGAAGGUUGCGAUUUUCGAGGCAAAGGAGAUGCAAUGAAGGUCCAUCAAACUAAAUGCAAAUUCACCACUAUCCUGUGUGCAUUGCGGUUCAAUAGCUGUCAGUGGCAAGGCCAUAGGAAAGAUCUCAUGGCUCAUUGCAAUGACGUACAUCCGGAAAACACAUACACCAAUAACGAACAGAAGCUUUUAGUUCCUGAUUUCCCAACCUUGAUGCACAGGCACUACUACAUCCUCUUCGAAGUGUAUGAAACCCUUUUCAGGUGCACAUGGGACUUAUCCAUAGAUACUGGUACUAUGAGAUUUGCUGUAUAUAUUCUUGAACAAAAUACUACAAAGGGCAAAUUUUCUUAUCAAGUAUCUAUGUUUACACCCGACAACGAGAUUGCCGUCUUGCUGAGAGGACCAUGUGUCUUGCUGGAAGAUGACAGUAAAAGAUUUCUUGGAGAUAAAUAUUUGUCCGCUAAGCAUGGAAUGGCAAAGGAAUUUUGUGAUGAGGAUGGCUAUUUUCAUUAUGGGAUCAAGUUAAUCAACCAUUCUCUCUGAAAUAUGCACAUCCUUUUGACAAUAAAUUCUUUGACUCGAAUAAAUAUUGUAAAUCUUCAUUUUACUUGUUUUUCUGAGAUUUUCUCUCCUCGUUUCU